AUGGCCUUAGCAACAGAGUCUCAGAAAAAUGUCCUAAGCCCUGAAGAAGGACAGCUCGCACAAUCCAUCUUGGGUCCUGGAGUUGAUGACUUCAAAACAAAGCUGCAACGCCUGCUGUCUCAGACGAGGAGAGUACGACCAGAUGACUUGGUGUUCGAUUCUUCAAGGACGGCAGACACCAUCCCUGGAACUCUGAGUUGCUAUAUCUCUGCAUUGACAGAGGCAGACAAACCUGCCGAAGCAGAAGCUUUACAGCAAGUUUAUGACAAAGUGGUUGACAGUCCAAGUUUCGGAGGACUCGGCUUGACUGAAGGCGCCCAAGCGUCUGCUCAUCAUGAGGCCGAAGCCGUCUUCUUGGUUGAAGCCUGGUUGAAUGCAAUCACUUCACGAGAACGGGCGCGAGACUAUCUGUCAUUUCUCAACGCCCCUGCUCCAGGAACCAGACCUAUGACACUAGCAGAAAAGAUCUUCGCCCAGCAUGUGAUUGGCGAAAAGUCUACGCAUGGCCUCAAAGCAGGUGACGUGGUGAGAGUGGGCGUUGACUGGAUCCUGGCAUCAGAAUUGUCAUGGCAGGGCAUGGAUCGGACGCACAAAGAACUGGGAUCUCCCGGGAUCUGGCGAAACGACCGUUUUUGGCUGGCGGGCGAUCAUGUCUACCAUCCAGCUCUCGCAUCCAACCCCAAGAUCAAAUCAUUCCUAGACGUCGCCGAAAAGGCUAAGAACGAGUUCAAAAUGACCGAGUAUCAGGGCAUGAAUUACACCAUCAUGCAUACUGAAUUUGUGCGAGAACGAGUCGAACCAGGAAUGCUUGCAAUCGGAUCCGACUCGCACACCUGUUCAGGAGGAGCGGUCGGCUCGUUGUCACUCGGCCUGGGCACCGCGGAUGUCAUGAUGGCUCUGGCUUUGGGUGAGACGUGGUUCAGGAUCCCGGAGUCCAUCUCCAUCGAGCUGGUCGGCAAGCCCGGGGUGGGUAUGACCGGCAAGGACGUGAUUUUGAAUAUUCUGGGAGAGCUCAAGCGCAAUACCGUUGCUGCUGAGCGGAUCGUUGAAUUCACUGGUGACGGGCUCAAGUAUUUGUCGUGUGAUGCCCGGUUUGCCAUCUGCAACAUGUGCACUGAGUUCGGAGCUAUCAGCGGCAUUUUCGUGCCCGACAGCAUUACUCGCGAUUAUAUCGCGCGACGGCGACGGAAAGCGAACCGCCAAAAGUCGCUGUACUUUAAGCCUGACGCCGACGCUGGGUAUGCUGGAAAGUAUACUAUUGACCUGGCGAGAGUCGAAGCUUCGGUCGCUGUGUACCCGAAUCCAGACGACGUGGUUCCUGUCUCGAAAAAGGCAGGUCUCGAGCUGGACGGCGUGUUCAUUGGCGCUUGUACAACGACUGAAGAAGAACUCGUCCUUGCUGCGCUCGUGCUGAAGGUUGGAUUGGACAAGGGUUUGCCGAUCGCGAAGGGGAAGCGACAUUAUGUUCCCGGAUCGCUGCCUGUGCUUGAGAGGUUGAAGGAGCUUGGACUCUUAGAGGUUUACGAGGCUGCGGGGUUCACUCGUGGACUUCCUGGGUGCUCUUUCUGCGUGGGCCUCUCAGCGGAAAAGGCGAAUGAGGGAGAGACAUGGUUGAGCUCGCAGAAUCGCAAUUUUCAGAAUCGCAUGGGGAAAGGCGCCUUCGGGCACGUUACGACGGCCAUUGUAUGCGCUGCUUCCAGUUUCAGCCUCACGAUCACCAGUCCGGCCGAAUUCUUGAGGGAUAUCGACCUCGAUUUCUUCAGGCGGUACAGUCCAUUGGCUGGCAUGAGCUAUGCCCCGAUCGAAUACGUCGAGCCUGAUUUGACGUCGAAGCCGGGACGAUCGAUUGAAUCGACGACCGCUGCUGACACAAGGAUAGAGCUCGGGAAGGAAGGUCCACAGAAAAGGCUCGAUAAGAUAUCGAGCAAAGUCGUGACAUUGGGAGAUUUUAUCGAUACUGACGCGCUAGCUCCCGGGCCAACACUGACCACAUGCGUCACGGAUGAAGACUUCGGCCACCACGUCCUCGAGCAUACCCAUCCUGAGUUCCGCGCCAAAGUCAAAGGAGGCCAACAGAUUGUCGUGGCCGGGCACGCGUUUGGUGUCGGGUCGAGUCGUGAGUGCGCAGUCUCAGCUCUGAAAGGCGCCGGCGUCAAAGCCGUGUUGGCACGUUCCUUCGCCUUCAUAUUUGGCCGCAAUCAACCGAGUCUCGGACUGUUAGGCAUAACGGUGUCGGACGAUGCUUUCUUCGAAGCGGCCAAGGAAGGUGAGGAUAUCACGAUUGACAUUCCGAGCCGCAGCGUGACGGUUGGUGGGCAGGUCUUCCCGUUCAAUCUGUCGGAGAUGGAGUACAAUCUGACGAUCAAUAAUGGCAUGGCGGAGUCGUUCAGGAAGUUUGGAAAGGGGAUUUGGGAGAAUUUCACGGGGACCAAGACUGACGCGAAAUCUGUUGCCAGGGCUUUGGAGGAGGGAGGUGGUGAGAAGAAGGACACAAAGAUGGAAUGGUAG